CACUUCUGUCCAGUCAGAGUGAGGACAUGAUAGUGAGCUGGAUGCCAAAUCCCUCGUUCUGCAGCUAACUUUUUGUGCCAUCAGGAGGCCAAAGAAGUGGGUAAGCGGGUUUGGCAUCCGUUGCCCAGUCUCAAUCCUGCCCGUCCGCGAGGAAUCCAUGUGCUCUGGCGAAGCGGAGUUGGUUCACUGAAGAAUAGACCCAGUUACAAGAACAUUCCUCCCUGUCUGGUUGCUUUCCACAUCAUUCCAUUUUAUUAUCGUCUAAACUUGCUCCAGGGAAUAUGCCAGGUAUCCACCUAGCACUGAUUCAGCUUCAAGUUGGAGCAGACAAGAGUGCCAAUCUGAAGAAUGCACAGGCUGCUAUUCAAAAGGCUUGCAGCAAUGGAGCAAAUCUUAUUGCCCUUCCUGAGGUCUUCAACUCUCCAUUUGGGAACGAAUACUUCGACCACUAUGCCGAGAACAUACCAGGAGAGUCAACUGAGAUGCUGUCAGAAGCAGCUCAGCAGCAUGGAGUGUAUAUCAUUGGGGGGUCAAUCCCAGAACGAGAUGGGGGGAAGCUCUAUAAUACAUGUACUGUGUUUGAUGAUAAAGGGCAGCUCGUGGCUAAACAUAGAAAAGUGCACUUGUUUGACGUUGACAUCCCGGGGAGGAUGACCUUUCGAGAGUCAGACUCUCUGAACCCAGGGAAUUCUCUCACCACGUUUGAGAUGCCAAAUUGCAAAGUCGGCCUGGGGAUCUGCUAUGAUGUGAGAUUUGCUGAGAUGGCCCAACUGUAUGCUCACCAAGGCUGUCACUUGCUGGUCUACCCUGGUGCAUUCAGCAUGACGACAGGACCGGCCCACUGGGAAUUGCUGACCAGAGCCAGGGCACUGGACAACCAAAUCUAUGUUGCCAUGGUGGCUCCUGCCAGGGAUGAGAAGGCCACCUAUGUCACCUAUGGACACUCUCUGGCUGCAGAUCCUUGGGGAAAGGUUCUUGUCAGCACUCAGGAGAAGGAAGAUAUCCUAUAUGCUGACAUCAAUCUGGACUAUUUGGAAGAAAUUCGGAAUCAGAUUCCAAUUCGAAAACAGCGACGAACUGAUCUCUAUGGACUCUGUAUCCGCCUAGCGCUGAUUCAGCUUGCAGUUGGAGCAAACAAGAGUGCCAAUCUGAAGAGUGCGCAAGCUGCUAUUCAAAAGGCUUGCAGCAAUGGAGUGAAUCUCGUAGCUCUUCCUGAGGUCUUCAACUCUCCAUAUGGAAAUGAAUACUUUAGCAACUAUGCUGAGAACAUCCAUGGAGAGUCGACCAAGAUGCUGUCGGAAGCAGCUCGGCAGCAUGGAGUGUAUAUCAUAGGGGGCUCAAUCCCAGAACGAGAUGGGGGGAAGCUCUUCAAUACAUGCACUGUGUUUGAUGAUAAAGGGCAACUUGUGGCCAAGCAUAGAAAAGUGCACUUGUUUGAUAUCGAUGUGCCUGGGAAAAUAACCUUCAAAGAAUCUGACACUCUGAGUCCAGGAAGUUCUCUCACAACAUUCGACAUGCCAAAUUGCAAAGUUGGCUUAGGAAUCUGCUAUGAUGUGAGAUUUGCAGAGAUGGCACAGCUGUAUGCUCACCAAGGUUGUCACUUGCUGGUCUACCCCGGUGCAUUCAACAUGACAACAGGACCAGUCCACUGGGAGCUAUUGGCCCGAGCUAGGGCACUGGACAACCAAAUCUAUGUUGCCUUGGUGUCUCCAGCCAGGGAUGAGAAGGCCACCUAUGUCGCAUAUGGGCACUCUCUGGCUGUGGAUCCCUGGGGCAAGAUUCUUGCCAGCACACAAGAGAAGGAAGAUAUCCUCUAUGCUGACAUAAAUGUGGACUAUUUGGAGGAAGUCCGGAGUCAGAUCCCGAUUCGUAAACAGCGACGAACUGAUCUCUAUGGACUGUGGACUUCUGGAGCAGAUGGGAGGAUCUGAGUUUCAUGUGCCCUUAGCUCCUUCUUCAACAAUGUGCAAUCGCAUUCAAGUCUAUCGUCUAGAUGAAUUGGUCUGACAUUUUCUUCUGCAAGUGAUCUUGGACCAUUGGAUUAUUAUUUCUAAAAGGCUUAUUGUUUUAUCUCUGGAAUUCUUCCAGUUGUCUCGUUUCAAUAUGAAGAUUAUUGCAUUAUGGCCCCCAAUGAUCGAUACCUGUAUUAAUUUUUUCCCUUUUCAUGUUCUCUACAAACUGCCAGUAUGACUGGCCAUAGAGACUGUUGGAAAUUCCUUCUAGCCCCACUGUUGUUGGCAUGAGGAUCUUCUUCACAUUGCUUUGCUGUUAUAUAAAUGUAUACUUUGCAUUGCUACAUUUUUAAUCAUUAUUUUAGAUGAUCCUGCAUUUCAGCAGACCAUAGUCUUUUAUUGUAUUUUUAUGGGACACCUACUACUGAAUGAGUACAGAAAACACUGAAAGGUAAUUACUAGCAAAAAAAUCCCCUUGCUGCCCAAAGGACGACCAAUACACAAUCAAAACGUUCACAGACUCAUCUAGCCAAUGCAGUAUGCAUUCUAACCUUUCCCGUGUUUUUUCUCAGCCAGGAUCUGUGGACCCUGCGAGCGGUUGGGGACUGCCGCACAUGAGAUGCCAUGCUCCCACUGGAUUAUUGUUUUCUUCAUGUGGCCUCUCACAUUAGUUAUGCAUUGACCUGCUAGCCCAAUGACAUCCAGUUGUUAAGACUCAAAAGCCUGCUCCCUAUCCCAUGGCUAAUGCAAAAUAUCCCU